AUCAAAGGGAGGGGAACAUACAGAAAAGCACUGUAUACUAUUUCUAUUGGAAUAAUAGGUAUCAGUUGGAAGAAAUACUUUCUAUCGAAAUUUUAAUUUUUACAUAACUUACUACGUUUCCUUUUGUUACAGCCCUUUAGACCGAGACCAGCCCAACGGAAGGCCACAGUGGAGGUUCACCGUGUUCGCCCAAGACGAAGGUGGUGAAGGACUUGUAGCUACGCGGACGUCCAGGUGAACCUGAAGGACAUCAACGACAACGCGCCUAUCUUCCCCCAAGGUGUCUACUUGGAAAUGUCACCGAAAACCGGCACUGCGGGAAUGGUUGUUAUGACAAUGACUGCGAUUCGACUAUGAUGACCCUUCGGAAGGCACGAACGCUCGUUUGGUGUACUCGAUUGAGAAGAACGUGAUUGAAGAGGAAACCGGCUCGCCUAUUUUCGAAAUCGAGUCCGAAACAGGAGUCAUCAAAACGGCCGUGUGCUGCCUGGACCGCGAAAGAACUCCCGACUACUCGAUACAGGUGGUUGCUAUGGAUGGCGGGGGGCUGAAAGGCACAGGGACGGCUUCGAUAAGAGUCAAGGACAUCAACGAUAUGCCGCCGCAGUUCACUAAGGAUGAAUGGUUUACCGAAGUGGAUGAAACAGAUGGCACUUCGUUACCAGAAAUGCCUAUCUUGACGGUUACCGUACAUGAUGAAGACGAAACCAACAAGUUCCAGUACAAAGUGAUAGAAAACAGCGGAUACGGGGCUGACAAGUUCACUAUGGUCCGAAACAAUGAUGGAACCGGAUCAUUGAAGAUCGUUCAACCAUUGGACUAUGAAGAUCUGUUGCAGAGUAACGGAUUUAGGUUCAGGAUACAGGUGAACGACAAAGGUGAAGAUAACGACAACGACAAAUACCACGUAGCUUACUCAUGGGUGGUGGUUAAACUUCGCGAUAUCAACGACAACAAACCCCAGUUUGAACGGCCCAACAUUGAAGUGUCCGUGUUUGAGAACGCAGAAGUGGGGAAAAGUCUGGAAACGUUCAAGGCUACGGAUCCGGAUCAAGGAGGCAAAAGCAAGGUGUCUUAUGCUAUCGACAGGACGUCGGACAGGAAGAGGCAGUUCUCUAUCAAUCAGGAGGGCACGGUGAGCAUCCAACGGUCCCUGGACCGUGAAGACACCCCUCGCCAUCAAGUAAAAAUCCUGGCGAUCGACGAUGGCUACCCUCCGAAGACCGCCACUGCAACCCUUACGGUCAUCGUCCAGGACAUCAACGACAACGCCCCAACCUUCCUGAAGGACUACCGACCUGUGGUUCCUGAGCACGUUCCUCCCAGGAAGGUCGUGGAGCUGCUCGCCACCGAUGAUGAUGAUCGGAGUAAGAGUAAUGGACCCCCGUUCCAAUUCAGGCUGGACCCCAGUGCUAGCGACAUUGUCAGGGCAUCGUUCAAGGUCGAACAGGAUCAGAAGGGUGCAAAUGGUGAUGGAAUGGCGAUCAUAACGUCCUUGCGAUCAUUCGACCGAGAGCAACAGAAAGAGUACUACAUCCCCAUAGUGAUCAAAGACCAUGGUAACCCCGCUAUGACAGGUACCAGCACCCUGACUGUUGUCAUCGGUGAUGUCAAUGACAACAAGAUGCAACCUGGCUCCAAAGAGAUAUUUGUUUAUAAUUAUCAGGGCCAAGCUCCAGAAACCGAAAUAGGAAGAGUUUACGUAUACGACCUCGAUGACUGGGACCUUCCAGAUAAAAAGUUCUAUUGGGAAGGAGCAGAACACCCAAGGUUCAAGUUGAAUGAAGACACGGGUAUGAUAUCCAUGAAGCAUGGCACAAAAGAUGGAGUGUAUCAUCUGAAGUUCAAGGUAUAUGAUAGGAAGCACACCCAAACGGACGUUCCCGCCAAUGUAACUGUCACAGUGAAGGAGAUCCCCCACGAAGCUGUUGUGAACUCAGGAUCUGUACGAAUAGCCGACAUCACAGAUGAGGAGUUCAUCAGGAUAUGGGACUACCACUCUCAGAGUCUGAUGAAGAGCAUGCUGGAACGAUUCAGGGACAAGAUCGCAGAUUUGCUCAACAUCAACAGAGAAAAUGUUGACGUCUUCAGCGUACAACUGCGUAGGAAACAUCCUCCUGUAACUGACGUCAGGUUCGCUGCGCAUGGAUCACCCUAUUACAAACCGGUGCGGUUGAAUGGUAUCGUAUUGAUGCAUCGUGAAGAAAUCGAACGUGCUGUGGGCAUUAACAUCACCAUGGUGGGCAUAGAUGAAUGUCUGUACGAAAACCAGAUGUGCGAAGGCUCUUGUACGAAUACCCUAGACAUUAGCGCUCUACCUUACAUGGUCAACGCCAACAAAACAGCGUUGGUUGGAGUUAGAGUAGACGUCCUUGCGGAAUGUACCUGUGGAGCUAGAAAUUUCAGCAAGGAAGAAAACUGUAGGAAUACCCCAUGUUAUAAUGGAGGAAGAUGCGUGGAAACUAGAUAUUCACUAUCCUGUUCAUGUCCCGCCGGUUACAACGGUCCCAGAUGUCAGCAGACAUCGAGGAGUUUUCGAGGCAACGGUUGGGCUUGGUAUCCGGCUUUGGAGAUGUGCGACAAGUCACAUCUUCAUUUCGAGUUUAUAACCAGGAAACCUGAUGGGCUGUUACUGUACAAUGGACCGAUCGUACCCCCCGAAAAGGACGAGAUUAUGGUAUCUGACUACAUAGCGGUCGAGCUGGAACGAGGAUACCCAAGAUUGCUGUUGGACUUUGGCUCUGGAACCCUAGAAUUGAGGGUGAAGACCAAGAAGACGUUGGAUGAUGGGGAGUGGCAUCGUUUGGACAUCUUUUGGGAUACUGAAAACGUUAGACUGGUUGUAGAUUAUUGUAAAUCGGCCGAUAUAUCAGAGAUGGAAGAUGGUACGCCUCCGGAAUUCGACGACAGCAGCUGUCAAGCUCAAGGUGCCAUCCCUCCUUUUAACGAGUACCUGAACGUCAAUGCUCCUCUUCAACUUGGCGGAUUGUACGUGGAGCAGUUUGACCCCACUCACUAUCAUUGGCAGUACAUGCCUGUAGGAAAGUCAUUCGAUGGCUGUAUCAGAAAUCUCUUCCACAAUUCAAAACUGUACGAUCUGGCGCAUCCAGGGCUUUCGAGGCAUAGUGUGCCAGGCUGCCCGCAGACUGAAGAGGUGUGCGGGAGGUCAGAUGCCACAUCCAGGUGCUGGGAGCAUGGUACUUGCAUUGGGAGUUUUAACGAAGCCAAGUGCCAAUGUCAACCAGGGUUCACAGGGCCGGCAUGUACAAUUCCCACAAUUCCCACCUCGUUCAAACCUCAGUCCUACGUCAAAUACGCUUUAAGUUUCGAACCUGACCGCUUCUCAACCCAGAUCCAGUUACGCUUCAGGACCAGAGAGGAACAUGGAGAACUCUUCAGGGUAUCCGACCAACACAACAGGGAAUACGCCAUCAUCGAAAUAAAAGACUCCAGGCUCUACUUCCGGUAUAACCUCAAUUCCCUGAGGACCGAGGAGAAAGAUAUUUGGCUAAGUGCCGUGCCAGUUGAUGAUGGUCAAUGGCAUGUGGCUAGAGUUAGCAGAUAUGGUUCUGCGGCUGCAUUGGAACUAGAUGGAGGAGAGGGUAGACGAUACAAUGAAACAUUCAACUUUGCUGGGCAUCAGUGGCUGAUCGUUGAUAAGCAAGAAGGUGUAUACGCGGGAGGAAAAGCGGAGUACACUGGUGUUAGGACGUUCGAAGUGUAUGCUGACUACCAGAAAGGCUGCCUGGACGACAUUCGGUUAGAAGGCAAGCAUCUUCCCCUUCCACCUGCCAUGAACGGCACUCAAUGGGGCCAGGCUACGAUGGCGAGGAAUCUGGAACGAAACUGUCCAUCGAACAAACCUUGCGCAAACGUAAUCUGUCCUGAUCCUUUUGAAUGCGUCGAUCUGUGGAAUGACUAUGAGUGCACUUGCGGUGAAGGUCGAGCGAUGUCGCCAGACAGCAAGGACUGCGUGGACAAGGACGAGUGCCUGGAUCUGCCCUGUCUGAACGGCGGCAGGUGUGUCAACCUGGAACCAAGGCUGCGAUAUCGGUGCGAUUGUCCCGACGGAUUCUGGGGAGAGAACUGCGAGUUGGUGCAAGAGGGACAAACACUCAAGCUCAGCAUGGGCGCACUUGCCGCCAUUCUCGUCUGUCUGCUCAUCAUACUCAUCCUGGUUCUGGUCUUUGUGGUGUACAACCGCAGGCGAGAGGCUCACAUCAAGUACCCUGGACCGGAUGAUGACGUCAGAGAGAACAUCAUCAACUAUGAUGACGAAGGAGGUGGCGAAGAUGACAUGACAGCUUUUGAUAUUACGCCUUUGCAGAUACCCAUCGGCGUUCCUAUGCCUGAGAUGACUGCACCGAAGCUUGGAUUUCCCGUAUUAGCGAUUGGUCAGGAGACCAACGUUGGCAUCUUCAUCGAAGAGCACAAGAAACGGGCAGAUUGCGAUCCGAACGCGCCACCUUUCGACGAUUUGAGGAACUACGCUUACGAAGGCGGCGGCAGUACUGCUGGAUCACUCAGCUCCUUGGCUUCAGGUACUGACGACGAAGUCCAGGAGUACGACUACCUAGGCGCCUGGGGUCCGCGUUUCGACAAGCUCGCCGACAUGUACGGCCCCGGCGAGGAGCCCGAACACGACGAGGAAUAAGCGGCAACACCGCCUCUCCAUCAACCAACCCCCAAGGAUGGUCAAAGCAUCCCCCACUUGAAAACGCACUCACACAUCAAAGCUUUCGACAUGGUUCAGGCCCGUGCCCCUACACAAGACUGUCUCUGCAGUCGUACUGCCUUUGGUUCUACUGCAGACGUAAAUUAUAUGUAACCGUAGAGAAUUUAUAUACUGGGCACAUUUCUACGCCGCGUUAGUCCUCGAUACAGGGUGGGUGAAGAAAAGAGUCACUUGUUAAUGUAGCAGAAUCAAGUUGAAACCAGCCGCAUAUAUUCACAGCUCUGAUUCCGAUUAGGAUUCCUAAUGGAAACUAUAUUCCUAAUCCGAAUCAGAAUUACGGAUUUAUGGAUCUGAUCAUGCAGGGUGCUCCUAAAGUUCCGGUACGUCAAGGUAUUUGAGGAUAUUAAAGGGGCAUAGUAAAAGUAAAAUUGUAAAAGCAUAGUGUGACCUCCAAUUUAGCAUUGAUAAUAUUUUUUACCCAAGGUUAUUCCAGAAUGCAACAUAUUCAGCUCUGUUCAUGGUGUCAAAGAUAUAGGGUCAAAUUAAAAAAGCGUCUUGACCUUGAUUUCACGGUCAUGCUCAAGGUCAGCUUCAAGGUCGCCACCGAGAAGAUAUCUUAUCAGAGUACGACAAUCAAAAUUACUUUAGCUCCCCUUUGACAAAAUUUUUGCGCAGCUCAUGGUUAACAGAGGAAAGGUUAUACAGGUAUGUCGCAGGCUGCCCGUGUGUGUAAUUGUACCACGUCAACUACUGCUACAUCAAUCCUUUACAAUAAUUGCUUGGACAGUUGUUACAUGACCGCAUGUAUGUUCGAAAUCCCACAUUGGAAAUAUAACUGUGACUAACUUCCUUGUUUCUUGCUAAUAUUCGCGAGAUGUGAUUGUAGUAUUCGCAUAGAGUAUCUACCCUACUGAACAUCUAUUAUUUUACUUAUACCAAGCCACUUGAAUAUUCCCAAAUAUCUUACCAUUGCGAAACUUUUGCGUCAUGUUUGAUUAAGAAUUGCUAUUAUCGUAUUAAUCUAAUAAUUUAACAAUUAGAUACUUCUUUUCAGCCCCCUGUAUUUUAACAGAACCAAGCAUAACCACACGAUGUAAUUGUAUGUUAUUUUAUCAUAUUACUUUUCACCCGUGGGAGGGACUGAAAUCUAAAAAAAAGACAGAAAUGGGAAAUUUGAGCGCACAAUUCUCAGAACUUUAAGCAGGUACUCUAGCUGACUGAUAACAGUGACCCGUGAUGAAGUAUAUCAAACGGGCUAGAAAGAGAUAUCCCGACCUGCAAUCUUACUUUAAAUCUUCCCCUCAAAUGUCAAAUAUUUGUCAGAUUUAUAACUUUGCUGUUCAAAUUUCAUGACGCCAUGUAGAACGAUAGAAAUAAGUUUUCGUCAGAUUGUAGGACAAAAACGCAUCUAGUGGAUGACAGGUUUGAGCUCCACUUAUGGUGAGUCUGUUCUUUCUGACCUUUCCAACUUACGCAGAUUUUUGUUGUCGGAAUAUGACACAUCUAUACAACCUACAAGUUCUACUUCCCUAGCUCCUCUUCGAUAGUUAAGUGAUGCAAUAGAAUAAUGAAUACAAUUCUAAAAUGUGUUCAAGUUAUACUUGGUUUUGUAUACCUAAAGUCAACCCGCGACAAGGCCUCAACCAAAGUCAAUUAUGAGCUCAAUUGUCGGUUUAUAUAAAUAUAGUAGUAAGUGAUGAACUGUUGUUACUUAUUUUUUAGAUUUAAAUGACUGAUUUGAACCAGAACUUUUAGAACGUUCCUAGGUUAAGGUUAGUUUACGUGGAGGUGUAAACCCUGGAUGAAACUCAUUUUUCACAAAAUUAGUCAAAAUCUUAUUUCAAAGAAUUCGUCCAAAAGUCUAUAUUUUUCAUAAUUUCAUAUUAAUCUCAUCCUUACAUAAUUUCACCUCCAUCUAUUCAUUUUUAAGAUAAGCCAGUUAUAAUCAAGAUACUACCGUACUCAGUACUUAUACUGAAAUCUGAAUACCAAAGAGGAGAUAAGACGAAGAUACGAAAUCGUAACCAAAACUCCUGGAUAAUAAACGAACGAGUUUUUAGUUUAGCUUGUUUAUAUUACUGUACUAUACUUCCUUCGGUGUUAAUUUUUUUUCACAAAUAUUGCCGUAGAUGAAUGGAUUAGUUUUUCCAAACUAUAUGCAUGCAGAAGUGUUCAAACAGAGCUCUAAGUAGAUCAAGGAAAUGAGUCGCUGAUUGCUCGCAGGCAUACAAGUUUUACUCUUGAUUUUGUUAACACAAAACAUUUACUCAGUAAGUUUCCUGUCGCACAUUUUUACUAGACGCUGUACUAAGUAGAUACAUAAAUUGCGAAUACCUCACAGAAUGACAAGCAAGGAUAAAAACAAUAAGGGUUUGAAGUUAGCUUGAAGUGCUUUAAGUGAGUUCCUCAGAGAUUAUCACAAAGAAAUGCAGAGAAACAGUAUUGCACAAAAUAGUACCACAAAAAGCUCGUGAACUACCUAAUUUUAAUACUCCCUUUAAUUAUAAGAAAUUAUUAGAAGUAAAGUGUAUAUUUCCACAUUUGAAAAAUGCUACCUUGCCUUGAAAAUAUCGUUUUUCGAAACCGUAAGGAACGCACGAACUCUGCUAUAGAUUUUCUGAGCCUUACAUGACUAAACUACAAUGUCAUUUAUAAUACAUCCGAAAAUAAUUGUGCGGUAUCAAACUUAUUGAGUGGUAAGUCUUGAAAUAUUAAUCAUGUGCAUCUUAGCUGGUAACAGAAACCAAACUUCAAGUAUUAUUAUCAUUAUUAUUAAGGAACAAAUAACUGAUAUCGAAUAAAAUGGGCAUUUCACUUUUGUCUCUGGGAUCGAUGUUCAAUGUUCAUAUAUUGUGAAUGUACGUGUAUACAUAGAUGUAGAAAUAAUCUUGCCAUCACCUUUUAUUCUAGUCAAUUCUAUUUGUUCUGGAAUAUGUAUUAUAUUGCGGGCUUAUAUACGACUUUAGUUGAGGACGUUACUCUUGAUACUAAUCUAUUAUACUUAUCAUGUACGAUGGGAUUCUAAAAGUAACUCGUUUUUCUGUAGUAUUUCUUAGACUGUCAUAAUCGCAGUGCUAAUUACGUAUUAUUUUAACUCCUUUCAUUGAAAUAACUACGUUAGUGGAAGAGAAGCAGCGUACGCCGAUGUUAAGGCGGUGUCUCUUUGAGUACACUGAGAUGCAUGCACAAAUAUAAAUAAGCAGUGGCGUAACAUAAGUACUACUCUCUUCCAGUUUAGUAGGUUGUCUAUGAUAACGUUAAAGGGACUUAGCAAGAGUAAUGCUACUGUCUGAUUAAAGAGAUCGGUUUUCAAGUUACUUGAGCUAAGUGACAUAGAAAAAUGAUUUACUUGGUAUCCUAUAAUCGUAAUGUCCUAUCGUUCCAACCCACUGCCACUGUAACAUCGCAUGGUACUCAUUCUUAAAAAAAUCUUAAUCAUAGUUUUGGUACGUUUCUAUACUUGGAGAAAUGUGCCGUUGUAGAUUUUUUUCUUUCUGAAUGUAAAAAGAUAUUCAAUACAUCUAUCUUAACCUCAAUAACAUAGUUGUACUUGUCCAUUUCUGUUGAUUUUAUAGAGAAUAUAGAACAGUUGUCGAUAUUAUUCUCUUGUUAACAUAAUUGUGUAAGUAGGUAUCUGGAAGCGUCAUUUCCCAUCAUCCCCAUUCUGGUAAAUGGAAAUGUGGGUCUAUUCCAAAAUCCUAAAUCAUAAUCGUAAAAUCAUGGGAAGUCAAUUCUAAGUUGCAUACAUAAAAAUUGUUAAAGGUUUGUGGACUAUCUGACUAAUGAACUAUGAGCUUGGUUUCGGCUCUGACCUCCACCAAAAUCGUUCAACCUCAAGUCAGUCAUUUUAAACAGAUUCCAUAUUGAGGCCAGUAAUUCGGGAUAUAAUUCCAAGCAUAUUAGCAAAUUUCCCCGAAAUAAUUGUAAAGUCUGGUAUAUUGAUGCGAGUUGUUCAAGGGGUUUUUUAAAAAAUUGACGCAUAAAAUGGGUACAUAAAUUUUUGUGGAAAAACUUUUUAUUCGACAACAAAGAACGAGAAAACGUGUUUUUUGGGACCCAAUCGAAAGUGUCAGGAACCAAAAACUCUUCAAAUAUUGGGUAUUUAUGAGACCUACAGAAUGAGAACACACGUAAAAAGAUCCGACCAAUAGUAAAAAAGUUAUGGGCAAAAACCGAGGCAAAAUGCAGGUUUAGGCACUUGAAAUUUUUCAAAUCUGUAGGCUUCAUACUAAUAAAUAACUACAUCAAAAUUGGAGUCGAUUGGUUAAGUGGUUUUGAAGAAUUUCUAAUUGUUUAUCCCAAAACACCUGCCUUCCGGCCAUCACUACUAGUUUACUGAGCAAUAUGCAGGGUUCAUUCAGAGGGCAUUUUAUAGCGAAAUAUACGAGCUUACCUUGCCGACAUGAGUCACAAACCAUUCCGAGAGAUAAUUGUUAUUUUUAUGCAAAAAACGAAAUUAGAAAUUUUCAAACACUACUCCACCGAUCGACUCCAAUUUUGUUAUCGUUAUUUAGAAGUAUGAAGCCCACCAAUUUGAGGAAUUUCAAGUAUCUGCGUGAAACUAUCAUCGCAUUACCAACAAGUGCUAAAACCUGCAUCUUGCUUCGGUGUUCGGCCAUAACUUUUCUACUAUUAGUCGGAUCUUUUUACAUGUCGUUUCAUGCGGUGCGUCUCAUAAAUACCGAAAAAUCUUAUUUGAAGGGUUUUUUCUUUCCUGUCAACACUUUUGAUUGAAUCCCGAAAAACACUUUUCUCAUUCUUUGUUGUCGAAUAAAAAGUUCUCAUACAAAAAUUGGUGUACCCAUUUCACGCGUCCAUUAUUUAAAUACUCCCUUGUACAACUUGCAUCAAUAAAACAAUUAUUUCGCAAACCACAGGUAUUUUCGUCUAAUAUGAUUAGUCUUUCAGCAGGAUACUAUGCAAAACACUGCAACUUAGUUUCUGAAGGUCCAAUUAUGUAUCUCUCUCUAUGGGUUCCAGAUACCAGUUUACCUAUAGAAACUUUUAUACGCUACGCGGUGUUGUAUUGAAUAUCUUUAAAAGAAAUGUACCCUUACAAAGAUGACCCAGUAUUCCUAUUAGUUAUAGGCCAGUCGUUGUAGGUGCGAAUCCUACAACGUACGGUCUGCAAUGUUUUGUAGUUAGUCACUACAGUCUAGGUCAAAUUACAGGUUUCUAGUUUAAGCAUCCAAUGCGAGCAAGAUGUCGUAUGAAUGCGCUAAUGUGUAUCGUGUGAUUUUAUGUAAAAAUAGAGUAAGAUGAACUGCGUCAAGGUCCAGCAAUACCAAUUACCAUGUUUACACCGUGAUCACUAGCUCUGCUCCAAGCACGAUGUAAAAGAACUAAUGUUGCGCAAUUUCUUAGCGCAAAGUGGUCUUAACACAUAUAAUAGCACAGUUUUGUUGUUAGCUACCGAUGAUGUAAGCAUGGUCCGUGUGUGUAAAGGAGGUGACGCAUCCAUCAAUUCAAAUCUUGUCAACGGACUAGAGAUUAAUUUUGUACCUUGACGUAUACAACUUGCUCUUCUCUGUAUAUAUCAAGAUCAUCGAUUCACGUCGUUUUGACAAUGCACUGCGUAAUAUACCACGUUGCCAUAUUUGGCCACUAGAGAGGUAAACUUUUAUUUCGUGUAGAUUGACGUCAUAUGAUCAGUGAUGACUGUAUCCGAGUCAUAGUUAUUUAUUGACCUCUCUACUGAUCUCAUUACACCAAGAAUGCUGAAAUUAUUGUUUUUGUCAAGAAUUUUGGAUUGUAGUUCGACAAAACUUCAAUUUGUCUUUAAUAAAGUCAGUAGACAUGACAGUAGCAUCCACUUUGAUCCAAAAGUAUAAUAUUUACCUCCUUUUUAGUUGCACAAAUCUAUCCUGACUGGAUGAAAACUAUCUUAUAUUUGAUGUUUUAGAAGAAUCAGCCUUCUUGAUGUAGAUGUAAUAUUUAAAGGACUAUCAUUAUUACCAGGCUCACUAGUUUUUGUGUUGUAGUUAUGUAUAUAUAGUUCACGAGCAAAUUUUAUGAGUGAAUGGGUAGAGUGUUGGUGCCAAUUAAUAACUUAAAUGUAAUAAAAAGAUCUUGACAGCAGUGUAUUAAUAAGAUUAAGAUUAUGUGUUUGCACUUGUGGAUUAUUUGGGAAGUAAGUGUAAUUUAAAAAGAUAUUCUUAUGAAGCUCGCACCAUUAAAGCAUAAGAUUCAAUGGUAAUUUUGAUUUUUCUGUGUGUCAUGUUUCAUCGUUCACUCAUUUAUCCAUUUGGGUGAUUUUCUAGUGAUUUAGUUUUAUCGGUUUUUACUGUAAGGAAUUCGCAAGUUUAUGUACCUACUUUUUUGUACAUGAC